UCACCCUUAAAUUACAUUUUUACAUAAUUUAGUCACCCUUACGUUGUUCCAAACUCAUGACUUUCUUUUUUCAAUUUUUGGAGUACACUAACCCGUUAAACAUAACUCUGUGUCUGUUUUUGUUUAGACAAAUUAAUUGAAUAUGUUAAAUCAUCCUUAUGUACAUGAAUAUUUUGAGUUAUCAUUGUUGUUGAUGUUGAGGAUGGGUCACUUCAUCUGUGAUGAUGUAAUUAUACAUUGAUUGUGGAAUUAUUCAUAUUGACAAAGUGUCAGAAAUAGUGUCACUGGCCAAUUAGUUCAAAUAAAAUAGCAGUUUCUGUAACCUCGUCUCAAAAGUCAGUGUUAUUUCAAGUGUAAGAGGACAUUGCAUUUCAGCUUUAUUGAUUUUGUGAAUAAAUUGAAAAAAGUGGUGGCUGGGAUGGCAGCUGUAUUUGGAGAGAAGAUGAAUCCGACUUAUCACCUUUACCCUAUUUUCUCACCCAAAGUUCAACCAAGCAUGAAAAGUUACUUUUCAAUGCUGAGAAGUCCUGUGCUUGUUGCAGCUAUUUGGAUCCUUGGAAUAGGUGGGACCUUCCAGUACGGCUUCAAUAUUUCUGUCUUGAACUCGCCAUCAAUUUUUAUUAAAGUGCUGGUGAACAGCACCUGCGAGCAACGUUAUGGACGUUCUUUGGAGCCAUGGGAGCUGUCACUCAUUUGGUCCUUCAUUGUGUCCAUCUACUGCAUCGGAGGACUGUUUGGCACCCUGAAUGCUGGAAAGCUGGCAGCCAAGUAUGGCAGGAAGAGAACUCUGCUAUUGAACAAUGUGGUGGCAAUCUGUGGAGCUGUCCUGAUGUUGUUGAGUAAGACCGCCCUCUCAUUUGAGAUGAUAAUGGUGGGCCGCUUCCUGUACGGCAUCAACGCUGGUGUGAGUUUGACUGUCCACACACUUUAUUUGUUGGAAUGCGCCCCCAAGAGGUUGCGUGGAAUGGUUGGUGUAUCUGUUGCCUCUUUCGUCUCAUUAGGGAAGUUCUUUGGCCAGCUACUUGGAAUCAGUGAGCUGUUGGGCACUGAGGAGCAUUGGACUUGGCUGCUAGCUGUCAGUGGGGUGGCUGGUCUUAUACAGUUACUCACACUGCCCUUUCUCCCCGAGUCCCCUCGGUAUCUUCUGCUGGAGAGGGCAGACAGAGAUGGCUGUGAGAUGGCUCUACGCAGGCUGUGGGGGGCUAGAUUAGAUCCUAGACCCGAGAUGGAGGAGAUGUUGACUGAGCAUGCUGCACUGAAGGGCGUGAAGAUUCACAAGCUCAAGGACCUCUUCCUCGACCACGAUGUGCGCUGGCAGCUCCUCACCAUCGUCGUCACUUUCGUAGCUCUGCAGCUCUGCGGCAUCAACGCUGUCUAUCUCUAUUCAUUUGAUGUGUUUCAAGCAGCCGGUGUUCCCAUAGAGCAAUUGCGUUAUGCCGCCCUUGGGACAGGCCUAUGUGAAAUCUCCACUUCCAUCACCUGUGUGAUGAUCAUUGAGAGCACAGGGAAGAGAGUGCUUCUUUUUAGGGGUUACAUGUGUAUGGCGGCCUCACUGGCCCUGCUCACGCUCACACUCUACUUACAGGAGUUUGUAACCUGGAUGCCAUAUUGCAGCAUGGUCCUCAUCUUCAUCUUUAUCUUCUUCUUCUCUAGUGGGCCAGCUGGGGUAACAGCACCACUUCCUGGUGAGAUUUUCACACAGUCCUAUAAACCACCAGCAUUCAUUGUGGCCUGUACCAUCAACUGGGUUGGACUCUUUCUGGUGGGCAUGUUGUUUCCCCUUAUAGUGGAGCAUUUGGACUACUUUCUUUUCCUCAUAUUUACUGUGUGCUGCUUCUUCUCGGGUGUGUUUGUUUGGUGCAACUUGCCAGAAACAAAGAAUAAAACUGUUCUGGAGAUCACGGAGGACUUUAAGAGAAUGCACCAGAACUCACUAUUGUCCAGAAUGAACUCGAUACAUAUCAGUGACAUCGAGACAACUGUAUCUACCAAGCUUUAGCACCAAUGUAAUGUAGUCAAAUCAGAAGCUGACCAACAAAAAGUCAAUAAAUACUCAAUAAUUGUUCCCUGAUCGUGUGGUUUGCUUGUC